AAAGCCCUCUCUCUCUCCAGUCUCCAUCUCUCUUUCUCUCUCUCUCUCUCUCUCUAGUCUCCAGUCUAUAUCUCUCUAGUCGAAACCGUUGAAGAGGCCGGUUGUGACUGUUGCUUAACGCUACGCUCACGUCUCCUCCUGGCCAAACGACAUUUCUCUCUCUCUCUCUCUCUCUCUCCCCCCCCCUCUCUCUCUGUUAAAUUCCAUUUUAAGAUUUCGAACGCUACUCAGAUCUCUCUCUCUCUCUCUCUCUCUCUCUCUUACUGGUAAUAGGCCAUGGAGUUGGAGAGUCAGUUCUCAGGUGACGAUUCCAGCAACAGCUUCGGUGCAAACACCGCCAGAACAUCGGCCAUCGUCAGCCAGACAAUCGAACUCAUCCAAUCCGACGACCCAGUUUCCAGAAUUCAGGCGGCUAGAGAAAUCCGGCGCCUCACCAAGACGUCUCAGAGGUACCGACGGCAGUUCUCGGGCGCAAUUGAACCACUCGUAUCCAUGCUGAGAUCUGAGUCUAUUGAAUGCAACGAAGCCUCUCUUCUCGCCCUUCUCAAUCUUGCCGUCAAAGAUGAGAUGAAUAAGAUCAAGAUUGUGGAUGCUGGUGCCCUUGAACCACUUAUCCUUUUCCUUAAGUCGAACAACUCAAAUUUGAGGGAAUAUGCCACUGCAGCUUUGCUCACCCUCUCGGCUUCUGCUAUUAAUAAGCCAAUCAUCAGUUCACAUGGUGCCAUUCCUCUCCUAGUCGAAAUCCUUAGAGAUGCGAGCCAACAAGCCAAAGUUGAUGCAUUGAUGGCUCUUUACAAUCUCUCAACACACCCAGGGAACCUCAGCAUUAUUAUAACAGCAAAAGCCAUCCCUCCUCUAGUUAAUUUGCUUAAAAGCUGCAAGAAAUCUUCAAAACCAGCGGAAAAGUGCAGCGCGCUUUUAGAAUCUUUGAUGGGUUUUGAUGAGGGAAGAACUGCAUUGACUUCUGAAGAAGGUGGAGUGCUCACAGUUGUUGAAGUCCUCGAGAAUGGGUCACUCCAAAGCCGAGAACAUGCAGUAGGUGCUCUUUUAACAAUGUGUGAGAGUGACAGGCACAGAUACAGGGAACCAAUUCUUAGUGAAGGUGUUAUCCCUGGUCUUCUUGAACUCACAGUUCAAGGGACGCCUAAAUCUCAGUCAAAAGCACAUAAACUGCUGCAGUUACUGAGGGAAUCCCCUUACCGAAGAUCUGAAUUUCAACCUGAUACAAUAGAGAAUAUUGUCUGCAAGAUUAUCUCUCAAAUUGAUGGUGAAGACCAAAGUGGGAAAGCAAGGAAGAUGUUAGCUGAAAUGGUACAAGUUAGCAUGGAACAGAGCUUGAGACAUUUACAGCAGAGAGCAUUGGUUUGCACCCCUUCUGAUCUGCCUCUCACUAAUUGUACAUCCGAAGUUUCUUCAAAAUAAUCAUUUUGGUUAUCGGCUCUGUGUUUUCUCAGUGAGUGUGGAAGAUCCUUUUUUUCUUCUCUUUCAUCCAUGAUGAAGACAAAGGUAGCAAAGAAUGCCAGUCCAGGCCGUGAUGGUAUCUAGUGACUGGUAAUUGUCAGUCAAUAUCUAGACACUGUAGAGUUAUCUGAGUGGUUUCUUGGUUUGUAAAAUAAUAGAUUUUCUGUAUACUGUUUUACAAUCAAGGAAAGGUCUUGUAUCACUCUCUGAUUCCGGAAUUACCUUCCUUUGGUUCAUAAGGACCAGCUUUGUGGCUAGAAA